AGUCACGCUACUGUACUGCACAGUUCGCCCGUGUCCGUGCUACAGUAACGUCCAUCGUGCAAGACGCUCGUGUGUUUAGCAUUAUUAUUAUUGUGUUUCUGUACUCAACCACACGAUGAUCAGCAAAAGGGCGCUUUUGCUGUUGGCUUUUAUUCCUCUCUCCGCCGGAUUGAUGUGUGAUUCAACCUGUAACGGGAUAAAAUCCCAACUGCAGCUCAUCGAUGAUACAGUUACCAACACGGCCAGAAUUAUCGUUCCAACACAAUCCUUCUAUUUAAACUGCGAGACAAACUGCAAACUACAAAAGUUUCUGAAAGAAUAUGAACAAAUUCUGACCUCACAGCGUCAGCACCACAACCAAAUGACGUCGUUUGUGCAGAGUAAGCUCAAGCAGUUUGGCGUACCGCCCGAAGGGCUGCAGGAUAAUGCAGCGCAGUUGGAAAAAGUGUUCCGCGUCGUUAACGAUCGGAACACCUUUCACCAGCGUCAGGUGGACGAGCAGAAGCUCCAGAACCAGAACGUAACAGCCGAGCUCGCGGAGCCACUAAAACUGCUACAGCAGGAGCAGCAACGCAACCAACUUCUGCAGGCCAAGCUGGUCGAGCUGUCUACCACGAUAAGUCAGAUGGAAACGGAAAACAAGAAGCUUCAGGCUAAGAUAAACGAUAAUCCAACCAGCGUACAAGGCUAACACCGAUUGAAGGUGUAGUUAAUUAAUUAAUAAAAGUUUACCAUCGAAAAAAGAAACACUUCUACUUUAUUUAAAUGCAUUUUUAACAAGCCCAUUUUAGCCACUUCUGUACCAUGCACACUUCACAGUCUCUUAUCAAAGCGUCGCACCAAUCCUAUCAACACGUUUUCAGCAGUAAUACAAACAAACAGACCAAUCGGUACGGGAAUUCCCUCUUUUGGCGAGGAAAUAAAGAGCCGGGAUUCACACAGCUCCUCUUCAGCCGCAACGGUAAUCUUAAGGUCAUCAUUUGUUUAUGAUGCAAAGUGUCGAGGAUGUAGUAGUGGCAUGAAAUAGAAACAUCCCCUGUAUCAGUAACCAGAGUGAGGUCACUCAAUCCGGAGCUGCUCGCUCAGUAGUAACUUGAUCGCGAUGGCAGUCACAUUGAUAUUCCUGGUACUGCUAUUCUUCACUGGGACUAGCAGCUGCUGGAUUCCUACUUCGCGAUGUAAACCCCACGUGGAUAUCUUUGAAGCUGUCCAGUCACUCCUGGCAACAUCGGCCAGCAAAUAUGGAACACAGUACUCAUCGGAAUAUAGUGAAACCCACAACACACUGCUGCGCGUACUGGAGCGACACCAAACCGAACUUGGCCGACUCACCACAGCGGCCCAAUCGAUGGAAACGCUCACCAACGACAAACUGCAACAGUACGGCCUAAGUCGCAAGCUGACCUUCGAUCGUCGCGCUGCCAACGACAUCGAUACGUUGAGAGACAUAUUCCACCGGCUGGAUGUAGAGAAUGAUGCUGUGCUGCGUGUGCUGGAACUACAUCGACAGGAGCACGUCGAGCGACAGCAGGAGCUAGAUGAUCUGGUCAAACAACUCGAACAUCUGUACCACGGCAACAUUGCGCUGGAGAAAAACAUCAAAGAGCGAAAUGAAACCCUCACCAAAACACUUGCCACCAACGUGAAGCUGGAGCGAAUCGUCAAAGAGCGUGGACUGCAAUAAUGUGUAUAGGUUGCAAUCGGUUGUGCUUUGUGAUGGACGAGAGUAUACACAGUGUUAUCAAAAGUAGUUUACAACUAUAAAUAAAAAAUGUAUCCUCUAAUCCCUUG